CUCUUGCAAAAGUGAAACAAAUCGAUGCUGAUUGGCAGACAGACAAGAAUAUUGAUACGAUCAGAAAAGAGGCUAUUGAACGGGAAUAUAAUAGGUGAUUUCCGGUUAACGCAGGUACAAAAGCGACCUUUCAGAGGGCGAAGAGGUCCACUGGAAUCACUGAACAGCACUUCUUCAGGUAUGAACGGUUCGGCAAUCGAGGACCGAUAUCGAAAUCAAUCACGAGAACAAUUACUUGCUAGAAUCGCUCAGCUCGAAACGAGCAACAAUGGAGAAGCAUCGACGAGCAAUCUAAACACCACCACUCCAGCCGAAGGAGCUAGUCAAGAUACAGAAAAGAAGAAGCAAAAGGCCAGUCGUCCAUUUGAUAUAAAUCGAUACCCAUGCAGAAAAAUCGCUUUACGUUUCUCCUAUGAUGGAGAACAAUACUCUGGUUUGGAAAUGCAAACAGCUUCGGGAUCUAAAGAUGGAGUUGCAGUCGGAACGGUGGAAAGUGCAUUAUGGCGAGCGCUCUCAGAUGCUAGGAUCGUUGAUGAUUCUGUUGGAUUGCCAGGCGUUGGUUGGAGUCGAUGUGGAAGAACAGAUAGAGGCGUGAGUGCAGCAGGUCAAGUUGUUGCAUUUUGGGCAAGAAGUAGAAAAGUAGACGAGUGGCCGUUGAGGAGAGUCUUGCAACGUACGAUGGAUGAAACUCAAAUCGGGAAAGACACGAAUGGCAGCACGAGCGAUGGUGCAGAGGGAGACAGCGAAGAUCCAGAUAUGGUGACAAGAAACUCUUGGAGGGAUAAAGUAGAGUCAAAGAUGCAGCAAUUCUUGGCAGAAGAGCAAGCGAAGCGAGACGAAGUUGAUCAUAUCCCUGCAGAUCCAGAUGCUGAAGAGUUGCCAUAUGUGCUGUCAAUCAAUCGAUUAUUGCCAAAGUCAAUACGAGUACAGGCAUGGUCUCCCGUUUCGCCUGCAUUCAAUUCCCGAUUCGACUGUCAGUAUCGUCAUUACAAGUACUUCUUCAGCAGUGGAGCGCCCUUCGUUCAACAAUCUUCCGCACAAUUGCAUGGACCAAUUCCACCUUUAGAUAUUGAUGCGAUGCGAUCAGCAGCACAGCGAUUUUUGGGAGAACACGACUUCCGAAAUUUCUGCAAAGUUGACCCAAGUAAACAAAUGGAUAAUUUUACCCGAAGAAUUGAUGGAAUUUCCAUCGAUCCUGUAUCCACGUCCUGGUCGCACACCACAGAAGAAGCUGAACGAUCAGCGAACGAAGAAUCAAAGACAUCUUCCGGCGAUAAAGAACAGAUGUAUGUCUUGAAUUUAAGAGGUACUGCCUUCCUCUAUCAUCAAGUCAGGCAUAUCACUUCAGUUCUGUUCUUAGUCGGAGCUGGACUAGAAAAGCCAUCUAUCAUCGAUGAAUUGUUGAAUGUCAAGCAAAACGGAGUCUUUGUUGAUCGAUUAUUAUCCGCCAAAGUGAGUGGGCUGGUCAUAGAUGAUGAUUCAGAAGAACCCCGGACAGUAUUACCCCCAAGUACUGCAAAUGAUGAAUCUGCUGAUUCGAAGACUAGCUUGGUACACAGAUAUCAACGUAUGCGCAAAGAAUAUGAACAGUCCAAUGGAGAUGUGGCAAGCAUAUUUGAAUCUAAUCAUAUAGAACAUCAUGAUGCCUUACGUGAUCUUUACGUAUUCGAUCGUAAGCCAAUUUAUGAAAUGGCAAUGGAUCGUCCACUAAUGCUGUGGGAAUGCGGAUUUAACGCAAAGGAUGUAUCUUGGCGUUCGGGUACAUACGAUGGUGCAAUGACGGUAGAAGCAAUCAAAAAUGCUUCUUCCUCAAAGAAAGACGUUGAUGUCAAUAGUCCAUCAUCUCUCGUACGUGCACAGUUGCAUGCUAUUUGGAAUGCACAAAGUAUCACGGCGGAAAUGUAUAGGCAUUUCGCUUUAGCUGUCCCAAGUGAUGCUAAUGAGCGCAUUCAAGGCAGAGGCGCCUAUGGAGUUGGUUAUCUUCCAGCCAAUACCCCAUUUCAAUCUGCUUCUUAUCCUGCACUGGAAUCCGAGACCUUACCGUCUGAUAAUGUGAGAAAUGGUGAUGAUGCCUCUGUCGAGGCAAAGACAAUCAUUCCCUUGGGACUCGGACGGUUCAAAACUUCUUUACAAUAUACCCCAUUACGCAAAGUGAGCCGACAGGCAACUCCCGCUGAAAAAAAUGAACGUUGGCAAUCAACUCGAGGAAAACGUCGAGCAGAAAAACUAGCAGCUGCCGCGAAGGUUGAUCCCGCUAAGGACGAUUCAUAAGACAUUUAGCCUUUGUAUUAUUGAUUGAAUGCAUCUAUAGUAUUGCUUUUUGUAGGGUAAGAAGUAUGUGUCUUGUAUACAAAUGCUCUGAUUCCUAUAAUCAACAGAG